AUGGGAACGAAGAAUGAUCGAAAUCGCCAUCUUCGUAUUGAAUUACGUGCUAAAAGAGAAGACAUUUUCAUGUUAAAUAGUGGUAAAAUCUAUAUUUUUGGUCAUCUAUAUGAUAUAGAUGAAUUUUUACCAUCUCCAAAAGUUUUAAUAUGUGGUCGCAUGUCGACAGACUUUAAAUGUCCAUUUGUACAAAAAUAUCGUCGUCGUCUAAUUAUCGAAUUACGUAAACGUCCAGAACUUUUACCACCUGAAGUACAGUUAUUUAUACCAUCAGAAUACCGUAAUCCAGGUGAUAGAAUUAAAAUAAUUUGUAAUAAAUCAGCUCAAAAUAGUCCAUAA